CUCGCACUGGGGGUUCAACGUUCAUACUAUAUACACUCGUAGCUUUGAAUGCAGGAUCAAAACACGACAGUCAGUCGAGGUAACAACGUGGCUCAGUGUUCGGAUUUAUAUAUACAACAGUUCUCCAUGUGGAUUUUACAGUAGCAACAUGCUUUCUCGAAAGUUGGGAAUGUUUUCCUACAACCAUAAUACCAACAUGGAAAAGGAUAAGCAAGUGAAAGACAAAGAUGCAUUUCAGAGGAUGUACACAGUUGGUCAGCAUUUAGGAAGUGGAGGUUUUGGUACAGUUUACAGUGGAACACGCAAGAGGGAUAAUUUUCCCGUUGCCAUCAAAGUCAUUACCAGAGAGAAAGUCACAGAAUGGGGACAGCUAAAUGGACAUACUGUGCCUAUGGAAAUUUGCUUAUUAAAACGUGUGAACAAUUGUGCUGGAGUUAUUAAAAUGUUGGACUGGUUUGAGAUGAAAACGAACUUUGUCAUUGUGAUGGAGAGGCCAGAACAUGUGCAAGAUUUAUUCGAUUACAUAACAGAAAAAGGUGCUUUGGAUGAGGAAACAAGUAAAAAUUUCUUCAGACAAAUUGUGGACACACUUAUCAACAUUCAUAGAAAUGGUGUUGUACAUCGAGAUAUUAAAGACGAAAACAUUCUAGUAGACUUGAAAACUGGUGAACUUAAAUUGAUUGACUUUGGAUCAGGUGCUUUCCUUAAAGACACAGUGUAUCUCGCAUUCGAUGGUACUCGAGUUUACAGUCCUCCAGAAUGGAUAAAGUUCCACAGGUACCAUGGGCGAUCUGCAGCCGUUUGGUCCCUUGGAAUUCUCCUGUUUGACCUUGUAUGCGGAGAUAUCCCAUUUGAGCAGGAUGACCAGAUAAUGAAGGCAGAAGUUUCAUUCAGAGGACGAGUGUCUCAUGAAGUAAAAGAUUUGGUGAAAAAAUGCUUAGCAAUUCGUCCAUCAGACCGACCAACCUUAGAGGAGAUCCUUACACAUCCAUGGUUAGCUUCAACAGUACAACCAACAGUGAAAACGCCCAAUCACACAGGCAGUCAAGGGAUUGUGGAUGCUGUUUCUAUGAGCAGUCAAGAAAGCAUGUGAUGAUGGCAUUUCACUAGGAACUUGAUUCAAAUAAAGUUAAAACGUGUUCAUAUUUAUAAAUUAUUACCUAUAAAAAACUGCAACACAGCAAUGCAAUAUUAACUGUGAAACCAUUCCACAACUCAGGGAGCUGCAAUGAUACCAUUGACACAUUACAUCAUGUGGAUUAUAAGGAUUUUCAUACAAAUAUUUGAAAGUGGAUCAACCCCCCUCUCCACGUGCCCACAAGCUCAUUCAAAUGAAGGAAAGCAAAAGGGAUGUGAACAAUUGCCAAAGACCACUCUUAAAUACAAGUUGUGAUUACACCAUAUUUGUUGGACUUUCCAAGGGUGGCAAAUAUGGACCUAAUUGUGAUAGUGUGAGAGAAGAGAUAGAAAACGCUCAAUUUUUUUUUAUUGCAUACAUAUUGUGAGUCUUAUUCAGCCCUGAAUUUGAACACAAUAAUCACUGCCACUUCAAUGCAAAAAGUUGAAUUUUUUUCUUCAUUUCAUGUACUUUCUUAUUUAUUAAGCUACUAUGCUAGCCAUAUCAUAACUAAAUUCACCUGUAGGAUUAGAUUAGUUAUUUUUGGUGUACUUUGACAUAACGGUGCUGAUAGAAAUUGGUAAUUGCCAUUUUUUAUUAAUUUUUUUAUAUACACGUGUAUUUAUUUUGUGGUUUUUAUGAUCAAUCCUCCCAAAACAACGAAAUGACUCAAUAGUCAUAAUUAGAUCCUUUCCUGUAUUUCUGACUAUAUAAAUUCACCACCACCUUAUAAUACUAAUUCCUGAACUUUAAUCUUCCUCUAUCGACACCUCAAAACGUGGCACCCUUAUAAUUUACAAGGGGCUUAAAGGUUAAUAUAACUAGCACAAAAUUAGUAGCAAUUUAUACUAAAACCACUAAAACUUUAACAACACUUGACAAUACUUUUGCUUCUUUUAUCAUUUUAGAAGUUUAAAAAGCAAAAUUAUUAGUUGCAGUUUUCAUCGUAAUGUAAAAUUUUAUUUUAAAUCUUUUAAAAAAGGUUUGAAUGUAUUGGUCUUUCUCCCCAUAUAAGCUCUUUUCUUGUAUUACAAUUCAUCUAUAUGCCAUUUGUAAAUAUGUAAUCUCAUUUAUUUAUUAAGCAUGGUGUGAUGUGUGAAAUCAUUAUGUAUACUUGUACAGAGAAAUAGCGCAUACAUAAAAUGGGUGCUUCGAGUGAAUGCUCCUGUGUAAAUGAAUAUGAAUGAUAUUGAUUAAAAAGAAGAGAAAAUGAAAAUGCAUAGAAGAGUUUCUUGAGACAGCAUGAAUGUGUUAAAAUGGAAGUGAAAUAAAAAUGUGUGAAAUUGAAUGUCAAUUUGAUGCUUGAAGUUUUGGUAUUGUCAUUUCCGUAUAUGGAACAGACUUUUAUGCCUCAAUACUUGAAUUGUGUGAAAGUCUGAUGAAUUAUGGAAAAAAUGCUUAUAUGAAUGCUUUAUGUAUUUAUUAAUUUAUUUAUUCAGGAGAAGAAGCAAUUUUCUCCUUUGAGUGUGUGCAAGUACGCUUGUAAAUAACUUAUUUUUAUAUGAAACAAAAGACAAGAAAAAUCCCAGAAUAAAAUAUAUAAAAUUUA